AUGGGCUCCCUGCCUCGGGUCUCGGUGGUGAACGGCGCCCGCACGCUGGUGCCCGCCGCCCCGCUACCACAGCACCUCUCACACCUGGCCACCAGUGAUAACACCGCCCUGGUGUAUUCAGAUGAGACUUGCAGUGUACGAGUGAGUUAUGCGGAAUUGGAAGCUCGCACUAACGCCCUUGCCAGAGCCAUAACAUCACGCGCUGCACCUAAGGGAGCUAACAGAGAUGGAGAUUACGUUAUCGCUGUGUGUAUGCAGCCUACACACAAUACCAUCACCAGCUUGCUGGCGACUUGGAAGGCAGGCGCUGCCUACGUGCCGAUGGAACCGAGCUUCCCUCAAGCUAGGAUCUCACAUAUCUUGAAAGAUGCUGAACCAGCCCUUGUUAUUUAUGAUGAGACAGCCAAUCCCGCCAUGUUUUCUGAAAGUGGCAUUCCAACAGUGUCAUUCGAGGAGUUGUCACAUGAAGCUAGUGGACUAUCAGCUGAGGCUGUCCAGGAUGCGGAGGUAUUUGCUCCAGCGAGGAGUGAGAGCAUCGCCAUCGUACUGUAUACUUCUGGCAGUACUGGUAUCCCGAAAGGUGUUCGUCUCUCCUACUCAGCAGUUUGCAACCGUCUCUGGUGGCAGUUCCAGACCUUCCCGUACACUGACUCUGAAGUACAUUGCGUCUGGAAGACUGCUCUGACCUUCGUGGACUCUGUCUGUGAAAUCUGGGGACCUCUACUGCACGGCAGGACCUUGGUCAUCCUGUCCCGAGAGACCACUAGGGAUCCUCAGAAACUGGUCAACGUUUUAGCUGAUAACCAGAUCCAACGUCUAGUGCUGGUACCUACUCUUCUUCGGUCUAUCCUCAUGUAUCUUUCCCUGAAACCUUCCGAAAGACCUCUCCAACACCUCAAGCUCUGGGUAUGCUCUGGAGAGACCCUGAGCAAAGACCUGGCUGCACAAUUCUUCAAGAACUUCGGUGACCAUAAUGGGUAUAAACUGGCGAACUUCUACGGCAGCACUGAAGUGAUGGGAGAUGUUACUUACUAUGUGUUGGAGAAUACUCGUCAGCUUGAUAUCCAUUCUACUAUUCCUAUUGGAACUCCACUGAACAAUUGUGCUGUGUACCUCUUGGAUGAGGAAAUGAACCCGGCUCAUGAGUCGGAGCCUGGCGAGGUCUGGGUGGCUGGACGGAACCUGGCUGAGGGCUACGUGGGAGGACAGGGAGCUGACAAGUUCAUUGAUAACCCUCAUGCUGCUCAUCCGGACUUCGCUCGUCUGUAUCGUACUGGUGAUUUCGGCGUGCUUCAAAAGGGAGUGAUCCUGUACGCUGGUCGCACUGACUCGCAGAUCAAGAUCAGAGGACAUAGGGUAGACUUGCAGGAGGUGGACAGAGCUGUCGCUGGAGUUAACGGUGUUGAUAAAUGUGUAGUACUAUGCUACGGUCUAGAUCGUGGUAACCCUGAGAUCCUGGCCUUCGUCACCAUCAAACCUGAAGCCAGGAUCGCUGCUCAGCAUAUUGAGGCUGCCCUCAAGAACAGCCUCACUCAUUACAUGAUUCCUCAGGUGAUUGAAGUAGAGAGCAUACCGUUGCUGGUGAACGGAAAAGUGGAUAGACAAGCGCUUCUCAAGAUGUAUGAAAACACCAAUAAUAAUGAUGAUUCAGAAAUACCCCUAGAACUGGACUACUCCUCUGUUUCCCCAUCGGACAUGCAAGCUGCUAAGGUUCUGUUUGAGACGGUGGGCGAGGUACUGGGCAGGGCUGUCCGCGGUGCCAUCAGCGUGAGGGCCGGCUUCUAUGAGCUGGGAGGAAACUCCCUCAACUCUAUUUAUACUAUCACCAGGUUGAGGGACAAGGGAUAUUAUAUUGAUAUCAGUGACUUCCUCGGUGCCUCCAACCUGGGCGAGGUACUGUCCCACAUGGGCACCAGUCCGCAGCAGGAUGACGAUGACAAAGAGCUGUUCUCUGCUGAACCACUCGCUGACGAACACAAACAGGAGGUUAUAGAGAUGAUAGUAUCAUCGUUCUACAACAAGGCGGAGUUGGAGCAGUUCUUGAAACAUGAGAUCGAUACGAACGACUACGCUGUACUGAUCAGUGACACGUGGCCAGCGCUCAUCAAGGCUCAACUCAGUGUAGUAUUGAAGAACUCAUCAGGAGUCCCAGUUGCUGUGGCAUUAAACUUCGACGCUCGAGAUGAACCUGACGUGGAGUCUGAAGAGACAGGUGGGCUGAUGAAGAUCAUGAUGUUCUUGGAGUUCGUCGAAAGUUCUGUCAGAGAUUCUAUGCUGCCACCUGGAAAGGGCACAAUCCUCCACUCCUUCAUGAUGGCGACGGCAGAGAGCCUGACUCCAAGGGAGAACGUGGCAGCCAUCAGAGCGCUGGAGAACGCCACCAUGAACAUCGCCAAGGAGCGAGGAUUCCUUGGCGUCUUCACCACUAAUACUAGCCCUUUGACACAGCAACUUGGUACAGAUGUACUAGGCUACCAGACGCUCCUGGACUAUCAAAUAAACCAGUACGUUGACCCCAACGGCGACAGGAUCUUCGGCAAAGCCCCCGACGAUAUGAGAGCCAUCGUGUGUUGGAAACCCUUGGAGUAA